CUCCUUACAUAUGAGCAACACAGCGGCCAAGACAGCCAUCUGUCCAAACGUUUAUAGAGCGAGACUGGCAGUAUUACAGACUGAAGUUGAUUAUUGAUCACUGAUCAGAUUUCUCUGCGUUCAACACUUGUCUGCCCUGGACGAGCUACUGGCUGACCGAGCUGCUGGCCAACAUCUCCCUCUCUUUCUCUCUCUCUGUCCUCUUUCCUCACCCUCCCAUCAUCUGUCUCUCUUUUACUCUCUAGAGAGGGGUAACCCAGAUUUCAAAAAUGAAUUUCUGCCUAUUUCUCUUCAUCUCCCUCCUUUUCCCUCUCUCUCUAUCUCUCUCUUUCUCUCUUUCUCUCUCUCUCUCUCUCUGUCUCACUUCACUUCAUCCCCUCUUUCUGUUGGUAAAAACAGAAUCAAUCUUGGAAAGUGCAAAUCGCCUCUUUUCCUCACCCCCUCUAUACUCUAUUGGAUAAAGGAAUAUAUGGCCAUACACUCCUCCUCCUUCUCUCUUUCCUGGAAAGCUGCUGUAUCAUCCUUCCCUUCAUUCUUAAUUUCCUUUUUGGGCUUUGACUCUUUUUUUCAGGUGUGUUUCCUUCUGUUCGGUGAGGUUGUGUCUUUUUUUCUUUUACUUUUUUAUGAGCCAAGGAUUGAUUGCAUAGAAUAACAAGAGUCUUGAGAGGAAGAGAGGGGAGGAAGAGGAGAAAUCAUACUGCCACACUUACAGACGUUUUUCUUCUCCCCAUUUAUAAAUAAGGUCCUUAACACCUCGCUUGCAUAACCCGUCCAUCCUUCUCCCAGUCUUCUUCUCUGUGUCUUGUUCUCUCCAACCCAACUGGUAGCAUGUCUACCCCGGUCUCUCCGUCUCCAUCUCUUUCCCCCCUGGCCCUGUCCUCCCCAUCUCCCUCCUCCUCCCCGCUCCCCUCUCCUCUUUCUCCUCCCCCCAGGCUGCCAGUCUUCCAGAGGAAGGGAGCUCUCAAGCACAAGAGGGUCAUUGAAGUGAAGGACCACCAGUUCACAGCCCGAUUCUUCAAGCAGCCUACUUUCUGCAGCCACUGCACUGACUUCAUCUGGGGAAUUGGCAAGCAAGGAUUCCAGUGUCAAGUCUGCAGUUUUGUGGUGCACAAACGCUGCCAUGAGUUUGUCACUUUUACUUGUCCCGGAGCCAUCACUGCUCCCAAAGAGGAUCUCAAGAGCAAGCACAACUUUAAAGUGCAUACAUACUCCAGUCCAACCUUCUGUGAUCACUGUGGGUCUCUGCUGUAUGGCCUCAUACAUCAGGGCAUGAAAUGUGCCUGUUGUGAAAUGAAUGUACACAAGCGCUGUCAGAGCAGCGUCCCCAGCCUGUGCGGACAGGACCACACUGAGAAAAGAGGACGGAUUCGCCUGACCGUGCGUGGAGAGAAAGAGGACAUAUAUAUCACAGUCCAUGAAGCACUUAACCUGAUACCCAUGGAUCCUAACGGCCUGUCGGACCCUUAUGUGAAGCUCAAACUCAUUCCUGAUCCAAAAAGCCAGAGCAAACAGAAAACCAAAACCAUCCGUUCUACACUCAACCCAAUCUGGAACGAGAGCUUCACCUUUUCAGUGCGUGGGAGGCAGUGGGACAGGCGUUUGUCUGUAGAGGUCUGGGACUGGGAUCGGACCUCACGGAAUGACUUCAUGGGCGCUCUGUCGUUCGGCGUUAGUGAGAUAUUCAGACGUUCAGUCAGCGGCUGGUUCAAACUACUCAACCAGGAUGAGGGAGAGUAUUAUAACAUCCCUGUACCUGACCCGGACCUGCAGGUACCAGAAUGUGCUAUCACACCCUCUAUUCCUCCUGAUCAUCUUACUGUGACGACGCCUGUUCCUACUGUGACCCCUCCUGCUCUGAGUCCGACUCCCACUGCACUGCACACGGGCAAAGGCCAAGUCAGGCUACACGAUUUCAACUUCCUCAUGGUUCUGGGCAAAGGGAGCUUUGGCAAGGUCCUGCUGGCAGAGGAGAGGGGCAGCGAGCGCUUGUUUGCGGUGAAGGUGUUGAAGAAGGACGUGCUGUUUCAGGAUGAGGACACAGAGAGCGCUAUGGUGGAGAGAAGAGUGCUGGGCCUCGCCGGGCGACCUCACUUCCUGACCUCCCUGUACUGCGCCUUUCAAACCGAGGAUCGUCUGUAUUACGUCAUGGAGUACGUGAACGGUGGUGAUCUUAUGUUUCACAUCCAAAUCGUCGGCAAGUUUAAAGAACCGCAUGCAGCGUUCUAUGCUGCUGAGAUCGCGGAGGGUCUGUUCUUCCUGCACAACAAAGGCAUCAUAUACAGAGAUCUAAAGCUGGACAAUGUCCUGCUGGACAGUGAAGGACACAUAAAGAUAGCAGACUUUGGGAUGUGUAGGGAAGGCAUGAUGGAAGGGGACACCACUCGGACCUUCUGUGGCACACCUGAUUACAUCGCACCUGAGAUUGUGGCGUAUCAGCCGUAUGGUAAAGCAGUGGACUGGUGGUCAUAUGGAGUCCUGCUCUAUGAGAUGCUGGCUGGGCAGCCUCCUUUUGAUGGCAUAGAUGAGGAGGAGCUGUUUCAGUCCAUCAUGGAACAGAGCGUUUCAUAUCCGAAGAGUCUCUCUCGGGAGGCUGUGGCCAUCUGCAAAGGGCUCCUCACCAAGAACCCUGCUAAGCGUUUGGGUGGAGGAGAGGAUGCAGAGAGAGAGCUGCGGGAGCAUCCUUUUUUCCGCUGGAUAGACUGGGACCGACUGGAGAGACUGGAGAUACAGCCUCCCUUCAAACCCAGAACUGGAGGCAGAAAAGGAGAGAACUUUGAUAAGUUUUUCACAUCCGCCCCCUCCGCCCUCACGCCAUCUGACCCGGAUGUUCUCGCCGCUAUAACUCAAGAGGAAUUCCAAGACUUCACCUACAUAAACCCGGAAUUUCCUCCCUCACCCCUAACAGCUGUCUGAGAAAACCUCAAUCAAUCCACACCAUAUUUUCAAUUUCUGCUCCUGUUCACAAUUUUAACAAUGGUGACCAAAAAAAAAAAAAAAAAUUAUGUGUAAUUUGGCUUCAGCUUGCUUACAAUAGGUCUCAAUUAGACCAACGAUCACCUUCUGUAUCUAUACCAUGCGGAUUUUAAUCAUCUUAACGGUAAAGCAAACUAAUCAUUAAUAAUAUUUAGCCAGUCCACUCUGAGAGUAUCAGCCUGAAUUAUUUAAGGGUCAUGAAUUCAUGCUAUUAUCUCACUAGACAAUAGGAUCUUAUUGGAUAUGCCUUUGGAUGCUAGUAGUUGCCAUGACAUAAUUAUAUCUGAGUGCACUAUAGAAACCAGCAUGAACAUGAUUUGCCCCAUGUUUUAAUGUUCACUUCAAGCUGAUUAUUUAAUCUCAGAUUAAUGAGUAAUGAGUGUCUGCUUGUCUUUGUGUAAGAUCCUGUUUGCUCUGGUUUGGUUUAGGUAAUUAAAUAUGUGCAGACAGGUAAGCAGAUACUGGUAAUACUUCCAUCUAGCAACUGGUGUAGAAACUCUGCGUUACGAUUUAGGAGUCAAACACAUGACAGCUAAAUGCAAGAAAAAAAUUUAAAGAAAGAAAGAUUAAUGCUUCAGCAUUUAAACUACUUGUUUGUGACAUGAAUGUUAAGAGCAGAUACUCAAUAUCUCUGUAGAUGUGUUUCUCUGUAGAAUUUAAUCCAAAUAUGAUUCUAUACAGACUAUGAACGUUUGCAUCAUCUUAGCAUUUUACAAAAAUAAGUCCUUGGGAUCGAUGUUAUUAAAACAAAUGACUUUAUGUAAAAUACAAAUUCAGAUAUUUAUGAUUAAUCCAUAU